CUAGCGAAGUCAAUGCUAAAAUGAAUGCGAUAAACUCAAAGAUGGCAUCUAUGAUGAAGCAGCAGAAUUUUAUAGUGUCAUUCAUAAUGUCAUGCUUGAACCAAGAGCAAUUGAGAGCAUUAAUGGUUGGUGGUGCUCAGCAAGGUGUUUUUGGUGGUGACAUUGAGGGAUGGAGUGAUUGUUGCUUGGCAAUUGAGGGAAGCGACAAAUCUCUACAAGUUGUUGCUAACGGAAAAGUCCUCACAGAAAGCAGCACCGAAGUUCUUGGCAAUCAUAACACAUCGUUGCCCCCUGGUCAUCGUCGAGUCACCAUUACAGACGAUAUUGUGCCAACUGCUCCUCUGCCAUGCCCAAACGAUGAAUUGCUUUUUGUAUGUCAUGCUAAGAGAUCUUAUACAGCUUGGCCUAAUCAUUUGAUUUUCCCCAAAAAGGCGAACAACCAAUCAGAUAAAGAAGUUGAUGUGACCACACCAUCCCCACAAUCUACAUCCUCCCAGGCAUCAACAACUCGUAAGUAUGUUAUUACCGACAAGGAUCGGGAGAAGGUGACAUCUACUUUGAUGCGUGUCAUGAGAAAAAAAGCUAUGGGGAUGCAAAAAACCGGCGAUACCAUCUCUAUCACUAUUCUAGAGAGCAUGUUUCUUAAUGAAAAUGGGUUAAAUGUUUCACUUGAUUACGAAGACUUGCUUGAUUGGUGUUUCCUAAGGGAGGUUGGAGAAUUGAAAAUGAAUAUAUUCAUGAAGAUCUUGAAAGAACAUUGUCACAAAGAAGGUAUCUCGGGAAUGUAUGGGUUUUGUCACUCUAAUGUUCUAUCGCCUUUAACACCAAUGACAAACGAGAAAGUUCGAUCUAACUAUCUAGCUCGUGUUUUUGGGUGCAAUGAGGGGAAGAACUAUAAUCAGCUAUUCUUUGCUCCUUUUAAUGACAAUAUGCAUUGGAUGUUAGCUGUUAUUAGUCCGUGGAAUGGGUUGGUGUAUUGGCUAGAUCCACUUGGAGCAGAAAAUAAAAUCAACUCAUUCGCUGAAAAGAUCAUCACUGAAGGAAUAAAAAAAUUCAGUUCGGUCCAUCGGAAGGACAUCAAGAAAAUAAAAAAGAAUGCAUAUAUUAGGUGGGAGCAACCACAAUGUCCUCAUCAACCAGCAUACACCAAGUAUUGUGGAUACUUUGUUUGUCGAUAUAUGCUAGAUAUUGUGCAGAAAAGAGUGCUAUGGGUUUCCAAGCAGGUUGGAGUAUGUGUUCCCUCUGGAUUUUUUGAGUAAAACUCCUACGCCACAUCCUUUUUGGUUGGAUGCACCGUCGAAGUACAUUACCCAUUUGUCAUCUUGUGUCAUGAGAAUCUCUUCAUCCGGAAGAUG